UAAGAGAAUGAAUAUAAAAAAGUAAUUGGGAAUAAAAAAUCAAUGAAUGGGAAGCGAAAAAAAGAAAAAAAAGAAAAAAGUUUAAUCCAUUUGACGAAGCUAUGGUCUAUGGAUCCUAAAGAAAGCAAAAAAGUGCGGAAGACCAGAAACAAACAGAAGCCAAAAAAGGGAGCACAAUGAAUUGGCAUAACCCGAAAAUAAAUUUCAAUCCACAUAUCCAUUUGCAACCAAAUUGACGAACGAACCAAAAAAGGGAAAGAAAGGUAGUUUAAAAGGGGGAAAGUGGGGUCCCAUAAUCCCACACAGCGACAACCCAUUUCACCAUGGCUUCUCUUCACAGAAAGCAAGCUAUUCAUGCCUGCUUUCUCUUCCUCUUCCUUUUCUUCUCUCUGCCAUCUCUCUCCGUCUCUGUCACUGAAGCCGAAGCUUCGUAUCUCACUCGUCGUCAACUCUUGGCUCUCAAAGAACACGAUCAACUCCCAGAUGACUACAAAUACCAACUUGACAUUCCUGACACUUUUCCAAAUGAGAGGUUGGAGAAGGCUUAUGUAGCCCUUCAGGCUUGGAAAUUGGCCAUCUAUUCCGACCCCCAGAACAUUACCGCCAAUUGGGUUGGCGCCGAUGUCUGUUCUUACAACGGCGUCUUCUGUGCUCCGGCGCUCGAUGACCCAAAUAUCGAGGUUGUGGCUGGCAUUGAUUUGAACCAUGGUGACAUUGCAGGGUACUUGCCGCCGGAAAUUGGCCUUAUGACCGAUUUGGCUCUCUUCCAUAUCAACUCCAACAGGUUCUGUGGAAUCAUUCCUUCCAGCUUCUCCAAGCUCGUUCUCAUGUUUGAGUUCGAUGUCAGCAACAACCGCUUCGUCGGCCAUUUUCCUCUUGUCGUCCUUGAAUGGCCCAGUGCUAAGUUCCUUGAUCUCAGGUACAAUGACUUCGAAGGAGAAAUCCCCUCCACACUCUUCACCAAGGAGUUCGAUGCCAUCUUCUUAAACAACAACAGAUUCACCUCCUUGAUCCCCGAAACCAUCGGAAACUCCACCGUCUCCGUUGUCUCCUUCGCCAACAACGAAUUCCACGGCUGCAUUCCCAACACCAUUGGCCACAUGUCCAACCUCAACCAGAUCCUCUUCAUCGGCAACAAGCUCGGCGGCUGUUUCCCACCUGAGAUCGGAAAACUCAUCAAUCUCACUGUAUUCGAUGCCAGCGCCAAUGGCUUCAUCGGACACUUGCCUGAAUCCUUAUCGAGCCUUCAAAACUUGGAGAUUAUCGACGUUAGUAACAAUGAACUGAGGGGCUCUGUUUCUGGAGGCCUUUGCAAGUUGCCCAAAUUGGCUAACUUCACUUUCUCCUUUAAUUAUUUUGAUGGAGAAGAUGCGGCGUGUGUUGAAUCUAAGGGAUCUGAGAAGCACUAUGAUGAUGUUCAAAAUUGUUUGGCAAAUCGACCGGAGCAAAGAGAUGCAAAUAAAUGUAGCGUUGUCUUGAAGAAAUCAGUGGACUGUGGAAACUGUGGUGGGUCGGGUUCUCCCGAGGUGCCGAUGACUCCUGAGGAUCCAUUUGAUCAAUCUCCAUCGCCGAGACAUAGGCCUCCACCACCUCCGGUGACCUCUCCACCGGACUCGAUCGACACCUCUGUCCCAGAAGUUGGAACUCCACCUUCUCCAAGUGAGACCUCCGUUCCAUCAUUAGCACCAUCCCCCGUUCCGUCCUCACCACCUACAGUUGGAGCACCAGUUCCAUCCCUGGCUGAAUCUCCCGAACCACCAGUUCACUCACCACCACUCCACGUUCACUCACCGGCUCCACCAGUCCAUUCCCCGCCACCACCAGUCCAUUCUCCUCCCCCACCAGUUCAUUCCCCACCACCCCCUGUCCAUUCUCCUCCACCACCGGUUCACUCUCCUCCACCACCUGUCCACUCUCCUCCACCACCUGUCCACUCCCCACCACCCCCUGUCCACUCUCCUCCACCACCGGUCCAUUCUCCACCACCACCGGUCCACUCUCCACCACCACCGGUCCACUCUCCACCACCACCGAUGCACUCUCCGCCGCCACCAGUCCAUUCUCCACCACCUCCAACUGCAUCUCCUCCUCCUCCUCCCACCCCGGUCCACUCUCCACCCCCGCCGGUGCACUCUCCGCCGCCACCAGUCCAUUCUCCACCACCUCCAACUGCAUCUCCUCCUCCUCCCGAGCCAUUACAUUCCCCACCACGCCCUGUCCAUUCUCCUCCACCAUCGAUUCCCUCCCCACCAUUCCCUAUCCACUAUCCUCCACCACCGAUUCACUCCCCCUCACCCCCUGUCCACUCUACUCCACCCCCCCCUCCCGUUCAUUCCCCACCUCUACUGGUUCACUCCCUACACCCACCGGUCCACUCCCCACCCCCACCGGUUCAUUCUCCACCAUCACCUGUUUACUCCCCAUCGCCAACAGUCCAUUCUCCACCACCUCCAACUGCAUCUCCUCCUCCUCCUCCCUGUUCUUCUCCACCACCAACAUUCGAGGACGUCAUCCUCCCAACAAAUAUCGGCUCCGAAUACGCAUCACCGCCUCCACCACUAUUUCAUGGUUAUUGA